AGACGUCAUCACACGUGGCCAAUGAACUGAAAGCGUGGUCAACAGAUGUGAAUGGUAGUAGGCUGCAUGUAACUGUUGAUGGUGUGUGUAUGGGUGUAGUUUGUGCGAGUGCAAUUUGCGUUGUGAGCUGGAGACAAGAAGAAUAGUUGCAUUUGAUUGAGACCUUAGAUCACAGUUGACUUUAAAAUGAGAUUUGUAAUAUUAUUAUCGAUUUUAACAGCAGUUGUCUGCAAUGAUGAGGAAGAAACGGGAGCACGAUUACUCAUAUCGAAACAGAUUCUUAAUAAGUAUUUGGUAGAAGACAUGGAUAUCGUAGUGAAGUACACCUUGUACAAUGUUGGUACAAGUGCAGCACUGGGCAUCCAGCUGACUGACAAUAGCUUUCAUCCAGACUCUUUUGCUGUCGUUGGUGGUCAGCUGAGUAUCAAGCUGGACAGAAUUGCACCGGGCACUAAUGUGUCACAUGUUGUGGUUGUGAGACCAAAGAAAUUUGGAUACUUCAAUUUUACAGCUGCUGAAGUUAAUUACCUGCCAUCGGAAGAUAUCUCAGAAUUGCAGGUUGCUGCAACAAGUGAACCUGGUGAGGGACUGAUAAUCCCCUUCAAGGAUUAUGAUAAGAAGUUCUCACCCCAUGUUUUGGACUGGGGAGCUUUUGCCGUUAUGACCAUGCCAUCACUGGCUAUUCCUUUCCUUCUGUGGUACUCGAGUAAGUCAAAAUAUGAGAAGCUGACCAAGACAAAGAAGGAGAAAGGAGUGAAGGAGUAACUGUUCAAUCACAGUUGUUUGCAGUCAAACAGAAUUUUGAUAAUAAAAUUAAUUUAUAAGACUGAAAA